AUGCCAAUAACAUCUUUCUUCUCUACGGCUCCUGGCCCGGUGAAAACUGGACGAUCGGCUGGAAAAGAAGAGAUUGAUGGUACAGCAAACGUCUUGGAGUCAGAACAGAUUGACGGUCCUGCAAGCAUCUCGGAGCUAGGACAGAUUGAUGUUCCGGCAAACGUAUCGAAGCCAGAACAGAUUGAUGUUCCAGGAACUAACACACCAAACCUAAGUCUCUCGAGCGAGCCUGCGCCUGAGAACUCACCCUCUGAAGUCAAGACGCCUGACCACCAUCUCACCACCUCCGCCCUCCAAAAUCCCUCCUCCGCAUUCAGAACAUGGGAACGUCACGAACGCAAGAAGAUUGACCCAGAGCAACCCCCCUGGAUCUUCCUCGACAGUGCCGUCGCCUCCGCCCUCUCCAAUUUCAAGGAGGAAGAAAUCUACCUGGCCGAUGACGGCGACAGAAGAAUCGGCGGAAUAGACUUCUCUCCGGGAAUCGAGCUGAUCGCUACAUAUCCGUUUACGGUGUGGCAGCGUGGAUUGCUGUUUCAGCAGAUGAAAUAUCGGGUUCGCAAGGAGUUGGAACCGGUGAUUGUGAAGUAUAAGGUGGAGCAUUCCCCGCCAAUGACGCCAGAGACUGAGGUGAAGGAGUCGGAUCAUGAUGUGGAGAUCGACGAGCCGCAAGUCGAAUGUAACAAACCACCUCCUCCUUCACUGGAUAUCCUACUCGAACCGCCAACACUGGUAUUCUUCCCCCACGACACCCUCCAACCUUUUCCUGCCGAACCAACCGGUCCACCCCCACCACCACCCCCAAACGCGACAAGAGGAGAACCAUAUCCCCUUUUCAAACCCUGCGUAAUCGAAAACCGCAUGCGACGUAUCCGCCUAGGCUACAACGUCCCAGGAAUGGCCACCAACGGCUUCGCCAAGUUCAACCAGCUCAAAGGCUACGACGCCGACCGUACCCGCUCUCAGAACCUCACGCUGGGCGAGCUCCAGAGGGAAAUGGUGUUUCGAAAACAUGUAGGUUUUUAUCACCGCUGUCAGAAGGAUUGGACGUGGAGCGGGCCCGAGAAAUGGGGUCCGAGUAAUAGGGAGAAGGUGGUUGCGAGUCGGACUAAGGAGUUGAAUCUGGUGCUGAAGCUGAGACGCUGUUUGAGGGCGCUCGGGAAGGAUGUUGUGGUGAAUGGCGUUAGGUAUGGGAUGACGAGGGAGCAGGUCGAGAGGGUGUUUGCGGAUCCGUAUGUUUAUGAGGUUUAG